AUGUCCAAUACUGCAGACACCGUCCUAGACGCUGCCACCAUGCUUAGUAGUACUCAAGACGAAACCUCACAGGGGCAAAUGCACUGUAGAAUCGUUUGGCAGGCAUCUAUUCCCAAUCACAAUGCCGAUGAGGUUGCUGUUCGGAAGCUACACUUCGAUCCACAUGAUUUGUCGAUUCUCCUCCAUCGCACGUACCAUGCCAUGUUCGAGCACGAAGAUACAAUGAAAGCCAUAUCCACGUUGAGUAUCAUGACCAUACGCAACAAUUCUUGUCCCAUGUAUCACCGAGGAAGCUUCGCAGCAUUGCUGAAAUUCCUGAAGCCUCGUGUUGUCACCCACUGGGAGAAGAUGAUGGAGAUGUUGAUUCUUCGAAUCGCGAAUGACCAGACUAUCAUGAUUGGAUUCAAUUCCAUUCAGGACUUCUUUGCGCAUCUCAGUCUAUUGGAUAUCCAUAACGCGUCUGGAAUCACCGCUGGUUGCAUGCCAUCUGAUGCAGCUCGGUUCAAGGAAGGCUUGGGAUCCUGGAACACAUUGCCUCCGGUUGUUUGCGUCACCCUCGAAGUCCCGCGUUCUAAACUUCACGUCUUGAAGGAAACUCCACGAAACCAACGGGGAACGUCGAAUGUUCAAUGCUGCGUGCAGGAAGAUGUCAAUUCACACUUCAUCAACGGGCGGCAAGAAAUCUUCUCCGACGUCCAGCUCACAUUCGGAAGACUAAGUACAGGCGGCGAAGUUUCCGACGAGGAGGUCAAGGUCAUGAUACAAGAAGAUUCUCUCGGCUGGGCUGGGACUUCUCCUCUGAUAGUUUCUUUCAAUGUUCCUACUUGGGUUGUUCUUCGUGAGCCUUCCAAGACCAUUAUCACUUUCGGACUUCAAAGCGCCCCGCAAAAUGUGGCAAUUUUCUCUAAAUCUCUGGGCACCAUGAUGUUUGUCUUCGCUGCGAGAUUGAUGGAUAGCAAUAAUGUUCACAUCACCAGAUUUCGCCCUUGCCAAUCUGGACAUGCAAGUAUUGCGAAGCUCGGACUAGAAUUUGGGAACGAGGACUCAGAUCAAGAUGUCAGAACCACGGUCACAGUGAACCUUGAUUCCAAAUCGGCAUCUUUGUCUGGACUUACGGGUCGCAUAGAUUUCUUGUCCAACGAGGUGAAAUCCCUUUUGCUUGGAGGUGCCUCGGUGGUGUUGACCCAGAUAUCUCCUUCAACGAUCUCCGUCGGGUUGGGCAACGACGGUAAAUCUUUCACUCUCAACUUUCCCAUCCCAGUACUUUCCAGUCACAGCAAGACACGCAUUGCUCGAAAGUCCUCGUACAUCGAAGUCAGCGUUCCCUCUGCGGAUCACGUUUCUGGACGGGGGUUUCCUCAUUUCAUGUACCCAAUUUGUUCAGGAAGGGACGCACCUAUUCUGAGUAACUUGCCAUAUCUGCAUCCUUCCACCCAUACAAUACAUUCGCCGGGUUUUAAUGCUACAUCGGUCCACCAACCUCCACACUGAUGCAC